CUCUUCCUUUUGCACAACAAACACCUACACCAAUCGAACAAGCAGAUUACUUAGAUAUAUCACUUCUUCGUACACUUGUUCAAACACCCACGUAACUGCGCAACAACUCGAUCCUGCUGCGCCUCAACCUCAGACGCGGGGACCUUUCGCAGUCCGCGAACCGCACCAGUUCUACCUUCUGAAACCCACCAGCUCACCUCUCUGCCACACACCUCUCACUUUGCUGUGGAAAUCGCUUUGUUGCAGACUCGAAGUUAAGCGUGUCACACGCUAUCUGAGUUCUUUGUCUCUGUUCAAGCUCCCCUUUUGAACCACUUCCCACCAACCAGUCCGAUGCUCAUACCGCCACCACAUCGAAUGCUCCAAUCAUGUCCGGAAUCUACUCUGUCGAAGAUCUGUUAAAAUUACGAGCGUCGCCUCUAAUAUGCAGACCACCCAAUUUACCGCCUAUAGAAGAAUGGAUGGGGUAUGGCUUGAAGAUGGUGGUUGUGGCCAGGCGCAAUAACUGACGCGGAACAGAACACAAGAAACCACUAAUCGGAGGCAAACAACAACUCGGGGAAAACCAGAUGAACCUCCUGUACAGAAUGAACCGUUCCAGAAAAGACCCAUGCUACUCGAUAGCCAGCGUCGAACAUCGACAGAUCCGGACCGAAUAGUGCUCGGUCCUCCACGUCGAUCCUUCGCUUCCUCCAAUGCUCGUGCUGUCGGAAAGGCACAGGAAGAAGACUUAGGCAAGAAAAACGGUGACUGGUCGGAGACGAGACAUCACGAGAGGAGGAACACUCAGACAAAUGGCCGUUAUGGUCAACGCGAAGGCGAAGAUCUAGAAUUUGAAGGCCGAUUCGAGCGCCGACCCAAAUGGGCUUUAAGAGACAAAAAUGAUCAAGCCCUAGAAGAUGAUGAGGAUUCUUCUCGAGCCGGCCUUCGGCGAGACCGAACCAAAUUCUCGCAGCCUUGGUUCAAAAAGGACACAGAUGCUGAAGAGAAUGGAAGAGACGAUAUAGCUCCGGACUGGCGCCGCAGUCGUAGAGAGCCAGACUGGGACCGUCAAGCAAGGGUCGAGGCCGAGCCUGAAUGGAUGGACGCAGCCGAACCCGAGGAGCCGUUCCAGGCUCGUACUCAAGAAGACUUUCAGCGCUGGAAAGAGAAGAUGAAGGCCGGCACAGCGACGCCUCAGGAGAAAGUCGAAUCUACAUUUGCAGAGACUGCGAAGCCAGCCACCACAAAACUUGUAUCACCGGAACCGGACGAUUCGAUGGACAAGUUCUUCGCUAAAUUCGAGUCUAAGGCAGCUGAACAGAAGACUGGCACUGUCAAGGGGCACGGAAAGACACGGUUUGCUUCACUCUUUACACCUGCUACCGAGCAGAACAAACAAGUUGAAGCACCACCCUCGAUGCCGCCAACGCUGCCAAUGCCGGCAACCGAGAGACCGUCAUCUGCACACUUUGCCGAUUCUACUGCGGACGCCGAUCAAGCAGGGUUUGCGCGCAUCCUGGAAAUGCUGCAGACUCGAAGCAACAAUCCAACACCACAGAAUCAGGAGACCACCAAGACACGAACGCCUCUAUACGCUCGAGCCUCGGAACCAAGACCUGAUCCUGAAGCAAGACCGUCGUCCGCAACACUCAUAUCUUUAUUGACCGGACAAAUUCCACCGCAACAACAACAACAGCAUUCGUCAACCCAGGGUCCUUCGGCCCAAGACCAUGUUGCUGAUUCCAGGUCUCCUGGUGAGCAUCCCACACAUACACGACAACAGUCGAGCAUCAAUAAAGAUGAGGUUCUGUUGAAUCUGCUACGUCAAGCCAGCCUUGCACCAAAACCGCAACCACCGAACCCCCAUCAACAGGCUGGGGCCAUGUAUGGUAUGCCAAGUGAUCCAAAUGUUCGAGCAGCAGCAAGAAACCAAAUGAUAUCUCCGGUUCCCGGGCCGGACCCAAUCAUGUCUCAGCGAAGAGAAACCGGGCGUUCCAUGUUUGAUGAAUCGCCCGUGGCUAUGUACCAGAAUGAGCAGCUACCACGGGAGCAUCUUCAAAGACGUGCGACUAAUGGCGCUCCCGCCAGUCUCGAUGAUCCUUUGAUCGCCCUUCUCCGAGGCCAAGGUCCGCAGAGACCCAUGCCACCCCAGAGCCUUCCGCCGGGUCUUCAGAGGCCACCUGGGCUGGAGCAAGGCCCGAGACAAACCCCUAGUUGGCCUCCUCAGCAACCACAGGCACAGCCUCCACGCCAAUCGUCGCUACCACCGGGUCUGUCGGGUCUCCCAAGAGGUAUGCCAGGAGCUCCGUAUGGCCAACCACAGCCAAUCCCAAGCCAGCAGCAACCACCUCAACAACAGCGUUCACAACAGCAACCACAACGCAAAUACACUGGAGAGUCGUCUACAGCACCAGGCAUGCCGAAUCUUCCUCCAGGGAUGUUUCCUCCGCCUGGGUUCAUGAAUGCGGGUCCGCCGCCUGGCUUUCCCGGGUCAAUGGCCAAUCCCCCAGCCAGAUUCCCGGGCGAACCAGGUCCUCAAGGCAUCAAUCGUGCAUUUCUGGAGAUGUACGGCGAAGCAGGCGGUAGAGGAGCAGGGUUGAGAGGAGGCGGCGCCAAUGCUGGUAUGCCUCCUUUCAGAUGAACUAUGGAUGGCCGGACGAAUGAGCCCCGCAGGUUGGGAUUUCAGAUUACAAAGUACCCAGAACAAGCAGCGAGCAGUCCAAAAAUUGUACCCACAAGCAGAGAGACAUGUCGGCCACAAUUCGGGGGGUCGAAUUGAGAAAAGUAUCAUCAGCCAUGAACGCUGUAAUGCUGUACAUUGCUAAGUUGACCAGAGCGUUGCGCUCAAGUUCAAGGUUGAAAAUAAGAGAGGUCAAGAACAAAGCGCAGUUGCAAAGCUGAAUUCGCAGUUUUCGCUUCCUCAACCUCGACCUCUGGUUUGAUUUCCU